AUCACCAAGGUAGUCAAUGCUCUUUCUGCCAGUGCUGAAACAGGUGCACCAAUGGCAUGCAUGUAUCUGCUGAAACAACCAGAUCAUUAUACAAGCCAUGUGUUUAAGCCUUUCUAUUGGCGUAACUACAGGUAUGAGGUUAUGAAGGCAUGGACAGAAGAAGAAACUGUGUACAAUCCAAAUGAAAAACCUGUCAAGGUAGUUAUUGGAAAGAGUAAACAGAACUUUGUAGGCAUUUCUCAACAAAUGGACUAUGUACACAGACCUUCAAAGUAUGAGAAUGUGAGCCUAUAUGACUGGGUACGACUAGGCGAGAAGCAGACCAUGGGUCGUGCUAUGAAGCGGGCUACCCAGAAUACA